AUGUCCACACCCGCACCAGCAACAGUUAAAACACCUAAGUUGGGUGUGCUACAGCUAAAGACUUCCUUCCCUCGGCCUCCAGGAGAUGUAGGCAAUGUUGCCUCAUGGGGUGAUAUUCCGGUUGUUGUUCGUGUAGUGGAAGAGGCAACAGGUGACUUGGUAGUCGGAAAUACUUGGGGACAAGAGCUCGUCGAUGCGUUUGUGAGAGAGGGAAAGAGAUUGGUAGAAGAGGACGGUGUAGUUGCCUUUGUCACUACUUGUGGAUUCCUCGCUACGAUGCAUCCAUUCCUUGUCAAUCGAUUACCUUAUAUCGGUACUACUCCUCUUCUACAGGUUGCAUGGUUACAACAAUCUUUUUUCCCAGGCGAUGAUUCGAAGAAUUCUGUCGGUGUGAUUACUUUCAAGAAAUCUGCCUUAAGCACGAAACACUUAACUAGCGUUGGUGCGCAUCCUGAUACACCUGUUUACGGACUCCCAGAAGAUCCGGACCCUAAAAAAGGUGUAUUUAAGGCUGUACUUGAAUCGCGUGUGCCAUAUGACUAUGACGGGAUGGAAAAAGAGGUUGUUGCCGCUGCGCUCGAGUUGACUAACAAUCAUCCCAAGGUCAAAGCAAUCGUACUUGAAUGCACCAACAUCCCUCCGUUCUCACACUCCAUUCAGAAAGCUACGGGCCUGCGGGUGUACGAUGUUCUGACAUUGGGCAAAUGGCUAUAUGAUGGUGCCACUCCCAGAGAUUUCCGAGAUUCGUAG